UUCAUGAAAGCGAUUAUAGAAUUUUAUAUCAUGGCAUCUUUCACACCAUAAAUGUGUAUUGAACGUUUUUUCUUUGGCAAUUGGAAUUGAAGGUGUUUUAGGAAACAGCUUCUGAAUUUUAGGAUCCAAUUUGGAGAAUGAACCUUCAAAGAUACUUUGUUCAAGUUUCCGAGAGUUUGACCUUGGAUUCUGAGGGCUCAAAUGUAAAACAGAAGGUUUGAGCGAGCGUUUAAAUCCACUGGCUUUUGGAUUUAACGACUGUAGCGUAUGGCCACAUCCACGACAAAAAUUUUGUUUAGACAUUUUUUGAAGUUUAUUCUCUUUUGUUUACUUCAGACCGUAAGGGAAAACCAUUGACGAACAAUUGCUAAAUGCAGAGGCUAUUUUGUAAUAAUUCGGUUUCUGUAAUACUAACAAAAUCUAGCAAGGAUCAGUUGCUAAUAUGCUUACUAUGAAUUACUUAAAAAUUAUAUGAACUCGAUUUUUCUUUUUUCUGAAAAAUCAGAGAAAUGAUACCUUAAAUUGAGCGUUUUUAGCAAUUGCUUUUUGGUAGAGUCAAGAUAAAAUGAGCGAUGAGUAAAAAUACUAAAUGGAAACCGAAUAUACUAUUUCUUAUAUGAAGCUAUAUUUCAUCAAUCUAGAUUGAAAAUUAAUAUGGCAUUAGUGCUUUAUUGAAUAACUUACUGGGGAGAACGACGGAAAAUGCCAAGCAUGUAUUUUUGAGAGAGUAGUUCUUGUUCACCGAUAUGAUCUUCUUUUUAUAUAGAGUAUUUAAUCAUACGAGAGCCAAUGUGAGAAUGGAGCGUUAGCAGACUUUUCAAAAUUACCAAAACACAGUGAAAUUGGUCGAUACCUGAAACGUAACACAAGUUCGAAAAAGGGCAGUCUUUCGCUCUUUUGCACAGUGACAUAUCCAUUGUGAGGUGAUUUCUUAAAGCUUGGGCUUCUUACAUGCUUGCUAGGUUGUUUUAUACACCGCUGUAAGAAAUGGCAAAUAUAUUCGUCGCAGCAAGUCAGGGAGAUGUUGACUCUAUCAAAAAUGAAUUUCAAUCUGGAAGCUCUAAUAUUAAUGACAUUGAUGAAGGAGGAGCGACACCACUCCAUUGGGCGGCGUUGAACCAGCAAUUCGAAGUUUGCGACUACUUGCUGGAGAAUGGCAUUGACAUAAACAGUACUGCCGGAGACUUAGGAGCAACUCCUCUUCAUUGGGCUGCAAAACGAGGUCUAGUUCAAAUGGUACAUUACUUGGUUCAACGAGGUGGUGAUCCAUUGAUGCAUGAUAGCCAGGGAUUUCAUUGUCUGCAUUUGGCUGUUCAUUCCUCCAAUGCAUUUUUAGUGGCUUAUCUUUUGCAUUUGGAUAUUCCAGUUGACUCUCCGGAUGAAAACCAGCAUACUCCUCUUAUGUGGGCUGUCUACCAUGGCAAUGAGAUAGUAACCAAUUGUCUAUUGAAAUGGGGAGCUGAUGUUCACGCAACGGACAGUGAAGAGAUGACUCCUCUACAUUGGUCAUUAGUAGGUGCAAAUCUCAAAUGCAUGAGGCUGAUCCUUCAAGAGUGUGGUUUGCCUGAAACGAUGGCAGUUGCGAACCUAUCUGGUCAGGUAAAAACGCCUUGGUCUUUGUCAAUAGAACUCGGGGUAUCUAAAAUAUUUAAAGAAGCCUUAAAUGUGAACGGAUUCCAAGUGCAAGUGAAUACUAACGAACCUGCGGAAAAAUAUCGGAUAAUUCCUCUCAGUCAUCGAUUUUCUAGAAGAACGUAUUUUCGAAUAUGUUUUCUGACUUGCUUUCCCAUUAUGGGGAUUGCCCUGUUAAUGAUGAGUGUUUGUCCUACUAUACUAUCCAUCUUCAUAACUCCAGCUUGGCUGUAUCUUUCGUCUAAUAUUCUUAUUUAUUACAUAGAAUCAUCUUCAGAGGUGAACUCGUUUUUCGUUGAAACUCCCUUCCUAGCUGGUUUGUUUUCUUCGAUCUUCUUCUGGGUAUUGAGUUAUGCAUGUGUCUAUAUAUUACCCGUCCUUUACCCAAAAAGAUUCUUUUUAUCUAUCUCUUUUUUAUUUCUUUCUAUUCUUUGUAUUGCUUAUUAUGUGAUUUCUGUUUAUCAGGAUCCUGGUUAUAUUCCUACAAUCGGCGGCGUGACUCAGAGAAGAGAAUGUAUAGAAAAUUUGCUUUCCAAAAAGACUUUCGAUCAGAAUCAUUAUUGCAUAAAAUGUCUUCAACUGAAACCAGAAAGAUCUUUCCAUUGUCUCUCUUGUGGUCGCUGCAUCUAUCGGUAUGAUCAUCAUUGUCCCUGGAUCAGCAAUUGUGUUGGUAUGAAAAACCAUAAGUCUUUUCUUAUAUAUACGUUAUUACUUGUUAUACUGAUUCCUGUUUACUGUUAUCUCGGCUUUGUUUAUCUCACACUGAUUCCUAUUCAGGAAAAAUACAAAUCAUAUAAAUGUUUGUGGGUGGGGGGUACGAUUUGUGAGUGGAUGCUGAAAGACAUGUUUGUCAUCAAUUCCAUGUUUAUUGUUUGCAUCAAUUGGAUUUGGGUCUUAUCAUUGAGUUUUACUCAACUAUGGCAGGUGGCUCACAAUAUCACAACUGCUGAGUAUAGACUAUUCCAAAAGUAUAGAUCGUUUUCUGCUCCUACUAGUCAAGGAAUGGCUCUUCGGAAUCCCAAUAAGCAUCACCAUAGCUUAAUAGGAACACUUGUAGCGCUUGUUGGUUUAGAUCAAUACGUGGUGUUCGCUCGUGAUUUGUUUCGUUUUCUAAUUUGCCGAAGGAACAAUCGUUAUUCCUCUAUCCCGCAGGAUCUCAGUAUAUCUUCAGUGAAUCCACACGGUAGAGAAGGUGCGUACAAAAAUUGUAUGUACUUUUGGCGCGGACUAUCGAAUGAACAAAAGACAGAUAUAGAGUCCAACUUGAAUCCAUAGUUGCAUAAUUCCCCUUGGAUUUUCCGAUUUUCUCGUAUCCUUCUCGUUUCUUACGAAUACUACUAGAGUGAUUUCUGUGUGCAUUUUGUUGCUUACAUUACAUUUCAAGUGAACACAACACAGGUAUCCGCAGUUGAAAACACGAACACUUACUUAUUUAUAAUGAAUGGUUAUUAAUGAUACAACAGGACCAAGGACAAAUACACCUUGCAUAAUUAGACAGCUAUGCUUGUUACGAACGACUUUCGACUGGAUUAUGGCAAUGUUAUAAAUGAAGAAAAAAAAGUAAACAAAAGGCGUCAUUUGACACACUAUACAAUUGAAAAGUAGUACUAAGCAAAUUACCCUUGUAAAGAAGUAUAUUUUCAGUCUGCUGAAUUUCUCUUUCUUUCUUUCUUUGUGUUUUUUAUUUAUAUUCUUUUUUUUUAUUUAUUUACUGUGGCUUGGCAAGAAUGAAGUAAGCGCGAAUAUGGAUCUUUUUAGAAAUCCUGCUUUGUGAACAAGCCACACUACAUAAAUAAUAUAUUCAAUAAACUCAUAG